GCCCACACAACGAUGCUUGGCUUUUUACUACUAAAAUAAAAAAAGCUGUUGACGAAGACGGCGACCGAUGUUGUUGUGACGUGACGUGUACGUACAUUGAGUGUGAGCAUGUCGGUCGUACGUAAGCGAUCUACAGCCGCAACAGCAGCAAUUGUUUGUCAAAUUUCAAAAGAGAAUUGACAGUCUGCGUGGUUCUCGGUUCAGAACCAGACGUUCUUAUUAUUUAUUAAAAAUAAUUAAAAAAAUAUUUUGGUCAGUUGUUUCGUUGACGAAGACGCGCCGCUCCGUGCCGUGCCUAUUUGUUUUAUUUUUUUUGCCUUUGCCCCAAACAUUUCUUACCCUCUUCCCAUUAUACGUUUCGUGUGCUGUGUUCCAAAAAAAAAACGUGAAGCAUCCGACGACAACAAAAUUGGAGAAAAAUUCCGCAAAAUAGAUUGUGAAUUAAGAAAAGAAGAAGAAAUUGAAUUGAAAAUCUGUGGAAAACAAGUGUCCGACCAAUAACAACAACAAAAGAAAUAAAAAUAUACGAAAAAAAGAGGAAAAGCUAUUGUGCUUUCUUUGUUUUUACCCUCCAAUUUUAUGUCUGUCUCUUUGAGUUGUUGUGAUUCGAAAGCUGUUGUUGUUGCUGUUCUUGUUUGUUUGUGAUCACAUUUUCCUCCUCGUUUGGCGGUGGCCAUGGUAGAUGCCACUACAAUUCUCUUGAUUGUUAUUACCAUAUUGACGGCGGUGUUCAUUUGGUCGCGGCGUACUUAUGUCUAUUGGCAGCGCAGACGAGUGAAAUUCGUGCGGCCCCACCACCUGCUGGGCAAUCUGAAGGAUGUCAUCAAAAUGCAGAACUCCUUUGCGCUGCAGUUGCGCGACUUCUACUUCAAUGAGCGUUUUGCACGUGAGCCCUUAGUUGGCAUUUAUCUGUUCCAUCAGCCGGCAUUGUUGUUGCGUGAUCUCCAGGCGAUACGACAGGUGUUGGUAGAGGAUUUUGUGAAUUUUUCCCAUCGCUUUUCGAAGUGUGAUCGGCAUCAGGAUAAAAUGGGAGCUUUGAAUUUGUUUUUUGCCCGCAACCCGGAAUGGCGUGACAUAAGGACAAAAGUGUCUCCGGUAUUUUCGACGGGAAAGCUGAGGCAAAUGUUUUCCCUAAUGGAAGAGAUUGGCUAUGACUUAGAGACGUAUUUGGCUAAACUUACCAAAGAUAUGAAGCAAAACAACAGCGAUGGACCCAUAGUACAGAUCAAGGACGUGUGCGACCUCUACAACACUGAUAUGAUUGCCAGCAUUGCAUUCGGUCUGAAAAGCUAUUCACUGCGCAAUACAAUGCGCUCCCAGCUGGGUGGUCAUAGUCGCGAGAUGUUUUCCAUUACCUAUAGGCGAGCCGUCGACCUUUGUCUUAUCUUUAUCAUACCCAAGUUAGUUAGAUUUCUACGACCCCAACUCUUUACCUCUGAACAUACCGAAUUUAUACGGCGUUUAGUUAUUGGCAUCCUGGAGGACCGUGAACGUGACGGCAUCUUGCGCAAUGAUCUCAUCGAAACGUUGUUGACGUUCAAGAAAGAGGCCGAACUGAAUCCGGACAAAUCGCACUUUGCCCAUCAACAGGAGUAUUUGGUCGCCCAGGCGGCUGUCUUCCAGCUGGCUGGAAUACAAACGUCAUCGGCCACCCUGGCAUUUGCUCUCUACGAAUUGGCCCGGCAGCCCAAAAUACAGGAACGCCUGCAUUUAGAAAUAACCACGACCCUCGCCGAUUUGCACGGUAACGCCCUGGACUAUGAACAUGUUGAACGUAUGACCUAUUUGGCUAUGGUGGUGGAUGAGACGCUACGCAAGUACCCGAUUGUGCCAUUUUUGGAAAGAGAAUGCACGCCAUUGAAUCGCAAACGAUUUGUAUCAUUCCGUCCGAAUGCUGAAUGCAUGGCCAGACGAGGCAUGCCUGUGUACAUAUCUAAUUUAGCUUUACAUUAUGAUCCUCAGUAUUGGCCCGAACCAGACCUCUUUGAUCCGGAACGCUUUUCGCCGGAACAAAAGAAAUCUCACAAACCCAUGACAUAUCUGCCAUUCGGCGCUGGACCCCAUCAGUGUAUUGCCCAGCCAUUUGCGCUGCUGCAGGUGAAAUUGGGUCUGAUACAUUUUUUGAAGCAUCAUCGCGUUGAAUGCUGUGAUAAGACUGUCAGUAGCAUCAAGUUUGAUAAGCGUUACGCUCUCCUAACGCAAGAGGGUGGUAUUUACUUAAAACUUGUUGAAAUUUAGUUAGUUAUAGGAACUUAAACACAUACAUACACACACAUUUUUUACUAUUUACUGAUUAAUUAACUAAUUUAGAUUUUAAAACAAAAAAAAAAAAAAAAACUAAAAACAAA